AAUUUGUCAUUCACAGUGUACAAUGUGUACAUUCUAAUUAUUCAGACUUCAGUUAUUCUUGUUGUACUUGUUUAAUUGUUUAUUGUUUACUUUUAGUAGUGGCUAACGAUUUCUUUAUUGACGUUUAUUAAUUUCAUACGUGUGAAUUUUGAAGUAAAUAAAAGUGUAACAAUAUUAAACAUUGGAUUCUAGAAUGGCCCAACCUCAAAGUGGAAUGCCUCCUCCUGGAUACUUGUURGAAAUGUUUCAGAAAUUAGACAAAGAUCACAGUGGCACCAUCACAGCUAAUGAAUUACAAAGUGCACUAUCCAAUGGCACAUGGACACCUUUYAACCCAGAGACGGUUCGUUUAAUGCUAAACAUGUUUGACAAGUCCAAUAAAGGCACUAUAUCAUUUGAAGAUUUUGGUGCAUUAUGGAAGUACAUUGUAGACUGGCAAAAUUGCUUUCGUUCCUUUGAUAAAGAUAAUUCAGGGAACAUAGACAAAAAUGAACUUCGAGCUGCAUUACAAACAUUUGGAUACAAUUUAAAUGAUGCUACCGUUACUACAAUGUUGCAAAAAUUUGAUAGAAUUGGAAGAGGAACUGUAUUAUUUGAUGAUUUCAUACAAUGUUGCAUCAUGCUUAAUAAUCUAACUACAGCAUUCCGCCAAUUUGAUACAGAUCAAGAUGGAGUAGUCACAUUGCAUUAUGAACAAUUUGUUGGUCUAGUGUUUAGUAUUAAAUGAGUCAAAAUCAUUUAAUAUUUUCUAAAAUUUAAAUUUCAUUUUUUAUGCUGUACAUUUUUUUUUUUUAUUUGGAAAUAUAAGUUUACACCAAACUAAAUUAUACGAAAGAGACAUUUUUAUUUUUAUAAGUUAAAUAUAAUAUAGGAUGCUGUGUUUAYUGUUAA